AUGGGCGCGGGCUGGAGCAGCGAGGAGGAGCGGCAGCCGCUGCUGGGGCCCGGGCUCGGGCCUGCCGCGCCGGGGGGCGCCUGGAGGGGCCGCGGGGAGGCGGCGGCGGCGGCGGCGCCGGGGCCCGGGCGGGUGUACGGGCGCCGCUGGCUGGUGCUGCUGCUCUUCUCGCUGCUGGGCUUCGCGCAGGGCCUGGUCUGGAACACCUGGGGCCCCAUCCAGAACUCGGCGCGCCAGGCCUACGGCUUCUCCAGCUGGGACAUCGCGCUGCUCGUGCUGUGGGGACCCAUCGGCUUCCUGCCCUGCUUCGCGUUCAUGUGGCUGCUGGACAAGAGAGGUCUUCGGAUAACUGUGCUUCUGACAUCCUUCCUUAUGGUUUUGGGAACUGGUCUAAGAUGCAUACCUAUAUCAGACUUAAUGCUUAAAAGAAGACUAAUCCAUGGAGGACAGUUGUUAAAUGGAUUGGCAGGCCCAACAGUAAUGAAUGCAGCUCCAUUCCUCUCUACGACGUGGUUUUCUGCCGAUGAACGGGCCACUGCCACAGCUAUUGCAUCAAUGCUUAGUUAUCUCGGUGGAGCAUGUGCAUUUUUAGUUGGGCCACUUGUUGUUCCAGCCCCCAAUGGGACAUCACCUCUUCUUGCUUCAGAGACGAGCAGGACCCACAUUAAAGAUCUCAUAGAAACUGUAUUGUAUGCAGAAUUUGGAGUUGUCUGCUUACUAUUUUCUGCAACACUAGCUUAUUUCCCACCCCGGCCUCCACUCCCUCCCAGUGUUGCUGCAGCUAGCCAGCGAUUGAGUUAUCGGCGGAGCUUUUGUAGGUUAUUAAGCAACAUGAGAUUUUUGAUGAUUGCUUUAGCAUAUGCCAUACCACUUGGUGUAUUUGCUGGCUGGUCUGGAGUUCUGGACUUAAUUUUAACACCAGUGCACGUCAGCCAAGUAGAUGCUGGCUGGAUUGGAUUUUGGUCCAUAGUUGGAGGCUGUGUUGUUGGAAUAGGUAUGGCAAGGUUCGCAGAUUUUAUCAGGGGUAUGCUGAAAUUAAUUCUUCUCCUCCUGUUUUCUGGGGCUACGCUAUCAUCCACGUGGUUCACCCUGACCUGUUUGAACAGCAUCACACACCUGCCUUUAACCACAGUGACAUUGUAUGCCUCCUGCAUUCUCCUGGGAGUGUUCUUGAAUAGCAGUAUACCUAUAUUUUUUGAGCUUUUUGUGGAAACUGUCUACCCAGUUCCAGAAGGAAUUACUUGCGGAGUUGUCACUUUUUUAAGUAACAUGUUCAUGGGAGUACUUUUAUUUUUUCUCACAUUUUAUCACACAGAGUUGUCUUGGUUCAACUGGUGCCUUCCCGGGUCGUGUUUGCUCAGUCUCCUCCUCAUUCUGUGCUUCAGGGAAUCGUAUGACAGACUCUAUCUUGAUGUGGUUGUCUCAGUGUAAUAGCACAGACGUGCAGGAGUUUAAAAAGGGACUGGAAAUCAUACUGCAUACUGCACAUUUGCUUGGAGUUGCACACCUCUAACGGGAAAAAAAAGGAGAAGAGAGAAACUUCAUUCAGAGGUUCUAUUAGGUUACAGAUGAUCACAUGCAUUUCAUGACUACUAGGUAAUAAUAAUGUGGGACUGGAGUGAUAAUAGGGAAUUGAAAGACUAUAAAUGGCACACCCGUGCCUAGCUCUGGGGUUGGAAGUGUGGAUAUCUUACACAUAAAGCACUAAGAAAUAAUGCCCUCUCUGUUUUGUGCCAGUGCUAAACUACUGAUUGACUCAUUGUAAUUAUGGAAAGAAAUAAAGGGUAUCUGUCAAACACCUUACCUAAGUCACAUAUCAGAAUAGGAAGAAAUGCCACUAACUUCUAAAGAAGUUCAAACCCUAUAUCAGAUUUUAAUUAUAAAGUAGCCAAGAGGUAUAUCGAUGAUAAAAAUUAGCCACAUGUACACUACGUUUUUUCUAAUAAAGCCAUUUCUUAUAUGACUCCUUAUUUUUAAUUAGGUUGGAAACCUUUGGCCAUCUUUACUAUGGUGAGCAAGUGCUUCCCAGUGACUUCAGAGCACUUUGUGUCUCGAUCUCAACUUAUCCUUGUUUCUGUGAAAUACAAUUUCAUCUACUAGGCUCUUAAAUAAUUAUAUUAAAGGUGACUAAAUGUUCAGUAUAGUUGCAUUAAAUGUUGUAUGAAAAAUGUAACUACGUUCUGAUUUAGCACUUUGUUAAAAGUGAAAUGACAAAUCACAUAGAACAUUCUGUGUCUUCAGCCUAUAUAUAUAUAGGAUAUAUAUAUAUAUAUAGUGGCAUGGGAUGUAAAGUCCAGCACCAGCUGUUAUUUACUAGGGUUGCAUUUUAUUAAAUGACCCUUGUUUGAAAAUAACAAUUUAUAACCUUGAAACUUCCAAAUCUGUUGAGUGAUUUCUGAAUUACAUUCUUGCAUUUCAAUUCAGGUUGUAAAAUAUUCGAUUCUGUCUGGAGUCCAUACAUUUGAGAAGGUGAUAUUUUGCCCAGUACCUGUUUUCUUUGUAUGGAUGAUAGCUUUUUUAAAAAUGACAGUUACUCAUUGGACAGCUCUCAGACAUGUAUUUCACUGUGACAUAAAAUAUGCUCUGGUGGGAUUAUGAUAUUGCUUACACUGUUCACAUUUACAUAAUUCCCCUUGCCCAGGAAAACCAAAUUUUUUCCAGAAAGACAAGAACAGUACUUUUCUUCACCUUCAUUAUGCUCAGCUUCCUUCAACCCCCACCCCCGCCUUUUUUCCCCCCCUCACUUGAAAUUACAUCUUCAUUGUCAGGUAAAUAUAUAUUUCAUUUGUCUUUCUCUGGACAGAGUGCAGGCCAGCUCCUUCCCUUAGCCAUGGUGGUAAAAUGUGGUUAGAUCUAGUUAGCACUCAGCUCUGCUCAUGUCUGCGCACGUGCACACACCAUCACAUGCAGUCCCAAACGCCCCCGCCCUCCUUCACAAGUCCAAGGCUGUGUGUCAAUUCACCUCGGUCUUGGAGGAGGAUCUAAGCCGCCUUCUAAGAUCCUAAAUUGUGCUCCUUGGAAAGUCAGAAAACCCUCACAUUCAGCAUGUCUUCUGUCACCUUUAAAUCAGUCCCUUUAUAACCAUCCUACUAUCUUAGCAUCAAGAACCGAAGGAACUAAGGAACUUGCUAAAGAGAAGCAAAAGACCCUGAAGGGGAGGCUUAGUUCCAAGUUCACUCUCUCAUUCUUAAAUGAAAGGAAACCAGAAUUCUUGAAGAUGAUUGAAAACCAGCCACUAGAGAUAGGAGCAGUCCACGACCCAGUGCUAAAAUAACCACCACCCCUUCCUGUUUGGAUAAAAGACAGACAGAGAAGAAUUCUGAAGUAUUUGGUUUUAGUCAGAACUGUUGGUUGUGGACACUCUAUAUGAAAUCUUACCAUAUAAUAAGAUGUGAUAUAGAACAUUUUAAUUAUAGUUAUUCUCCUUUUAAAACGAAGCAAAGAAAAACACUUUAAAAAAUAUUACCUGAAUGACUAGUUCCGUGACAUCCCAAGUGGGUAGUGAUUAAAAAUUCCUGCGUUGUCCCAGACACCAACCGUUGUUUUUAGACACAUGAAAUGAGUCCUUGCAUCUCAUCUGUUCUAUCUGCUUUCCCCUCUGGCAGACACUUGUUCUAAUCACAAACUACAACUGUUUUAAGCUAUCACAGUUUCCUGUAUCAAUCCUGAUAGAACCAAAGGGGCUUCGGAGGUGGGGAGAGGAUUACAUGUUAUUCAUUUACCUGAAUGUUUCAAGUCAUACACAUUUUUUACUUUUUGUUGUUAUUUCUAGCAUGCAUCAGAAUAGACCAGCUGUUGUCUUUGAACUUUCUAAACAAACACUACAGAGUCUUAAUGAAAUUCUAUAAUGAAAGAAGUCUGAGCCCUCCAUUAAGCCAAGCCCCUCAUUUUAGGAUUCAUAGAAACAAUCCCACAGAGGUUAAGGGUCUUGCUCAAUGAAGGUCGCAAUCCUAGUUAGAACCAACUGAAAUCCACACUUUCUGACUCCCAAAGCAGGGUCCUUCCCCACCUCACAAAUCUGCAGCUUAAUUUCGACAUUUUGGGGGUGUCCGUGAGCACUCCUCCGUGUUCAUACAUACGGGGCUUAAGAGCAAGUCACAUUAUUUGAGUAUGGGAAGUACAGGGAUCCAGUUGAGGUGACGGGUUUUUAAGUAGGAUCAUUCCGUUUUCUUCAUCCUGUUGGUGCUCUAACAUCCCUAAGUCUUAGCUUGCAGGGACAUGGUAUAAAAAGAUUCUGAUGAAUAAUUCAACCCUCAUAAACCAAAUCAACAGCAUUAAUUGGUAAGGACAUGUUAUAGUGUAAGUUCCCUGUGGCUUAUCAAUGAAUACUUCACAGUUUAUGGGAAGAAACAUUUUUUAAUAUGGUCCAUGGUCAAGAUACAGGAACAAGAUAAUUACAUGCACAAAUGCACUUCACUGGAGGAUGGAGCUAAUAAAAUAACAAGAGGGAAUCAAGUACAAGUAGGAUUUUGUAUAUUUAAGCAUAUAGGGCUUAAGAGCCAAGCUUUAUCAUAGAUCAUAUAUUUAUGCUUAAUUAUUGAGAAUGUUUACAGCUUGUUUUUAUGAAGCCCUUCUAAUGAGGGAUUCAAGCUAAGAGAUUUUAAAUUGAAGAGAUUAAAUUCCCAUCUACUUUAAAUUAGGUUUUUUUUACUAUUAUUUUUACUAAAAUCUAGGCAUUCAUCUUGCUGUUUGCAUAAGUAGAAGCUGCAUUUUAAACUCAAGAUCAAAUACAAAUGCACAGUAAAUUUGCUUUAAAUUAACGUUAAAAAUCAUAUUAAUUCCACACUGCUGCCUAAAAUAGUAAGUACGGGAGUUACUGUGAUUAUGCCAUCUUAUAUAGCAAGUGCAAAGCUGUGAUAUGAAGAAAGUGCCAUAUUAAAAAAAAGAAACAUAUAGAAAACCACAAGGAAAUUUGAUGACACCUAUUUUGUGGAUAUAGGAAAAAUAGACUUCCCCUUUAAUUUGGAAUUAACAGAAAGGGCCAAAUUAAAGCUUAUUUCCAUAUUAUCAAACAGUUCGCCAGUCUGUUAGAAAUAUAUAAGCAAUAUUCUGAGGGCAUGUAGUGUUGGACCAUCCUAGAAGAACAAAAGUUGACAGGGAGAUUUUUGGGGUGCCCUCUUAACAGCAUCCACUGGGUACUUUGUACUCAAUGGAGGUAGUUGUGUGCUCAGUAAGCAGACACCUAGGCUACCCCGAGCAUGCAUGUCCUUUCAGGUGUCUUAGACUCUCCUAGGUCUCUGCUUCCUUGAACUGACUUCUGGCACAGGCUUCACCCUGAACCCCUCCCUGAGCUCAAAGACGAAAACCCAGUCUCAUUCUUGACUACUACUAAGGCCAUAUGCCUGGGCUUCCCUCUCCUGAGCAAGUAAGUCCAGAGAGAUUUAACAGUUCUUCCCACAGCCAGCCUGUUAGACUGUUCCCUGAAAUGGUAAUGACAAAGGUCUCUAACGAGCUCCUCUAGUUAGUGCUUGUUGCAUUUUAGAAUAUGGACUGAUCAGAUUGCUUUCUGUAGUCUUUCUGUUGUGCCUUAUAAUCUAGAAGGCCUCAAAUAAUAGCUUUUCCAUCUCAACCCACACUCAAAAAGUGAGAGCAAAGGUUACUCCACCCUAGCGGUUCUGUUCAUUCACCAAGGGAGAAUUACAGUUUGGUGUUCUUUUUUUAAACAACUAAAAAGUGAAAGCAUGGAAUUCAUUUCAGCAACUUAAAAAAAUGAUAGAAACACAUCAAACCACUUUAGCUCUAACUGCACAUCACAGUGCUCUCAGGGUUCUUGGCUCUUCCGGUCUGCAGGGGAGGCUUCUACAGUCUUGACCAGAAUGGCAAGAAUGACUUGGAGACACUUUAAAUUUACCUAAAUGUUAAAAAGUGAUACUUCUACUUAAUACAACCUAAUUUAGGCUUUUUCUAAUUCAGAUUGAUUUUCUUCCCAGACAGAUCAUGGAAUCAAAGGAAUGAUCUAAUCCAACUACCUCAUUUUACAAAUUAACAGAGAACCUUUUAGGUUCAAUGCCACAGCCAAGUUUUAGCAGGUAAUGUCAGUCCUAGAUCAGCAUUCUUUCCAUAAGUGAUCAAUGUAACCAGAAAUAAACUUUUAAGUAAUUUUUUCAUUUCUUUUAAACUUUUGAAAAUUAAAUGCAUGAAGGUAUAUCCAUUAUGAAAUACCCAGUACAGAAAUAGAGUGAAGUCUACCUCCAUACAAACAUGUGCUGACUAUCCAUUCCCCUUUUCCAAAGUAUUUUUUAUUAAUCCUUUCAGAAAUUUUUCUAUGAAUUUGCAUACAUAUAGAGAAACUUAGAAGGGAUUAAAAAUUAAGUCAUCUAGGGAACUAUUUCUUAGACCAUGGUGGCAUUAGCUUUUUUGGACCGAAGGAGGAGCUUCUGAGAUCCUUAUUUCUCUCCCAGAUGAGUCUAUAUCAAAUGAGUGGUUAACAGAGACAUUUCACAGACCUGGUUGUGUACGUACCAUCAAACUCUAUCACAUCCUAAAGUUUAAAACUGAAUUCCAAUAUGCAAUAUUCUGUUUUUCUUAUUACAAAUAGAGUUUCUGUUUUUAUGUUAUCAACUAGGGCCCAUGCACUGCAAGAGAAGAAAGUGAAUGACCCACACCCGAAGUCCAAAUCUAUUUUCUUGACAGCGCUUCCCUGGCUCUUCGUCUCAGCAGAGACAUGCAACAGUGUGGAAAGCAGAGUCAAGAGAAUAAACUGUGUAAAUCCAUUUUUUUAAACAAUAGCUAAUGAAGAUUCCGGUGAUCCUUCCUAUUUUCCUGGUCACCUUCCUUAGCUAUACUAACUCUCACGCUAUCCAUAAAACUGAUGAAUUGUAGUAGGACAAGAGCGUAGCUUGGUUUGGUCACCUCUUCCUUCACUGCCCUCCUUCCCAUCCAGCUUUCCCCUUUCGGGUUACAUCUUCUGACUUAUUCCUGACAAUGCUUGAAAGCAAGCUGCGUGAAACCCAGAUUUUCUGAGUUACCACAUUAGAGAGGAAGCUGGCCAGUUUCUUCAUGAACUAGGCUAGAGAGACCCAGGAGCCUCCGGGCCUGGCACAUGUCUCAGGCCUAGUGUCUUCAGCUGUUUGACCUUGAGCAAGUCAUCUCAUUUCCUGUUUAUCAUAUCUCUGAAAUAAGGAAGCAAACAAAGAUAUUCCCUCAGGUCUCUUCCAGUUCAAAAACUCAGGUGCGUUCUUAUUUCAGUAGGAAAAAAGAACGGAAGCGGUCUCUAAAAUUGCCAAGCUUCCCGGUGGCUCCAUGUUUCCAUUUUGCAGUGGGCCUCCUCCUGUGAACACAUGGACUGUUCCACUGCACACCCAUUUGACAAGAAUAAUUGGCUUUUUCAUUGUCUGUGCUAGGAGAUAAGCUACAGGUGCUGUUUAUUUCCCCCAAAGGACUUGGUAUGUGAAAUGCAGGGUUUAUUAAAUGUAUCAAACACAGUAAGAGAAAGACCUGCCAUCUGAUGUUGAGAUGGCGUUCUCGGGGCCAGGUCAGAGCCCUGCAUUUGCUCGCUGGAGUCAGGCCCAACCAGGAAGCCAUCCUUUGUCUUGGUUUGAUUCAUUGUGAGUCAGUGACAGGUUAGCACCUGUCGAAAUCAAACUGUCAGAUCAGAUGGUAAACCCCAUCCCCAAACGUGUAUUUCUAGAGUCCAUGGCACCAAAGAAUUGUAAGUUGCUUUGCAACUGUGUCAUCCUCUGCUGGGCCACAUCCUGUCAGCAGAGCUGUGCACAUCUCUUGCAGAGUGAGAGCAGAGGCUCAGCAUGUCAAGGCCUGAUCUGUUCGCAGGUGUUAGUGAACAAGGCUUCACUGAAGCUCCGAUGUGAGCACAGCCACUAGCAGAGAAACGAAGCAAAAGAAGUGACCAGGCUGGGAGUCAGGAGGCCUGGGUCUCCCUCCAUCUCUGUCCCCACGGCAGUGGCCGAGCACCCUUGGGGCCUUUGGCAAAUCACUCUUCCUCUCGGACUUCGACUUCCACACUUCUAAAUUAGGGUGAGAGUAGGUGUUUCGUUUGGCUGAAGAGUUUUCUACGCCUACUGGUCACACAUCACAGAAAGUAGAAAACAAUAAUAGAGUGCAAGACCUAUCCGCCAGUACUUCCAGUUCUACGUUAUCAUUUCAGAUAAUGAGGGACUUCUGCAAGGCCCUGUUAGAGAUGUGUUACAGGUGUCGGGCAGUGAGAGGAACUCUCAGGCCGUCAACAUGGCCUUUGUUCCUUCACUCAUCCUUCUGCUCUUUCUGUAUGCGGAGUCAUGAUAGGUGUGCAGUGUGUGCCUGUGAACGAGAAUCAGAAAAACAAGAUGUUUCUUUCCUCCGGGACCUUUCGGACAAAUUUGAGAAAACCAAAAAUAUUCUCCCAAACUAACAAUUAAAAGAAAUAAUGAAAAAAAAAAAAAUAAAAAAAAAAUAAAAGAAAUAAUGACAGUUUCCCACAUCCUUAAUUAUGCACAGCGGGAACCCAAAUCUCUUUCUCAUACCACCAUUAACCAUGACUGAUGUCAAGGAAAGGGUACUUUGCCCCAUUGAAAUUUUUAUCAUAGAACCUGUAUCAAUCUGAGAGCAGAGAAUCAACGUUGGCAGUAGGAAUCCCAAACCUCACCACCGUGGCUGGGUUACUAGUCCUUCAGGAAGUCGGGAAGACUGUUGGCACCUCCAUCUUCCUCUAAAGACAGAUUUAACAAUUGCACGCACACUAGGACACACGUAUUCGUAAGGCCUUGUUAGUCUCCUUUCUGAGGGGAAUUUGAAUGUUAACACAGAACAAAGACUAACCACCAAAAGGGAGGGUUUCUAAUGCGAGAACUUGGGACUUGAGCUAGGUAGAGAAGGUCUAGUCUGGGGACUGGAGACUGUGGGAGCCCUCCAGCUCUCUCCUGUGAGGGAAGGAACGUCAGCACACUUGAUGCAUCGCUAGUCAAGUCCUGGCCUCUGAAGACUUGGCAGAAACCCAAAGAAUGCUCAAAAAGGGCAGGUUUUAUUUCCGCAAGAUGGUUUUAUUUACUGCAAAUGUCCCCAACUUCAAAUUUGUCUCUAUCUCCACCAGAAACGUUAUCAUUUUGGAGGCUUAUGAAAAUUAAGUCCUAGGAAAAUUCUGCCUCCCUCUUCCUAAGUUGCAUCUACAAGUCCCAAACAAAAUCGCUUCCUUGACCUGCACACAUACCGUGCUAUUCCCCCUUGGGUCUGUGACUCAAAGGGGCCAGCAGAAGUCAUGAGAAGUGAUUGCUCCCCCCUCACCUGUCAUAGCAGGUGGACAGGGCUUGCCCGGGAAUUUAGCUAAGCUUGAGGUGUGUAGGGUGGUCUCUUUCUUCUUAUUUCUUUCCUCCGCUCACUAAUUCGCAUUGUAUUGCUCUUCCGAUCCGUAAGUUAUGGCCUAGGAAGUGUUUUCGUGAGCUAUGUAGAUGUCUCCCACGGAGCCAUCCCUCUCCUCUAUAAUCCCACUGUCCUUUCAGCCUAUGCCCUAGAAUCCUUGCUCCAUGCCCCCAGGAAAGUGGUUACCCUUGCUCUUUGCAGGGGAAAAAAAAAACAUCAACUGAUAUCUUACCCCUGACACCUCACCCUCUUUUAUCCCAGAGAAGCCCUUCCAUAUUUGUUGUCUUUUCCACUCAGGCUCAGUGUAGACCCCCAGGCGGGACAACUGCAUGCUACCUUCUGUCGCCUGUAAUUGUCCUUCCACCUAUCUGAGGGAAAGCUUAUUCUGAUGAACCAGCUCCAUCCAGUCUUUUUUUUCAAUAUUGCUCUACCAGUAAAUUCUUUGUUAGCUAGGUCCUGAAACUUAUGUCAUAUUUUUUUAACUUUGAUUUUUUUCCUUACGGAAUUGCUUCUUUUAUCUUAGAGCAGACUAUGAUCUUUUUCCUUAUGCGUACUUAAUAAUACAAUUUGAACAUAAUGGAACAUUCUAAAAUAAAGUCAGGCAGGGACUUCAUCAUAGCCCAUAUUAAAUGCCGAGGGGUAGAUCAUAUUAAAAAAAGAAACAAUCUAGGAGGCUGGGUGAAGGAGGCUGGAUCUUGUAAUUCAGCUGGUACAUUUGGGGCCCCUGCUGUAUGCUGAGCACCGUGCUACCUACUGAGGAUGCAAAAACAAAUGUGAUAGUGUCCUGGCCCUCACAUUCAUUUUCUGAUGAGUCCAUUCACAAAAACUGUAAUUCAAAGCUAGGAACACACCCUCCCCCCACUCCAAUGCUGCUAGAAGUUUUGUAGCUUAUUUCUACAACUGUCCAUGGUACCUUACCCCGUUUGGAAGAAUAUGUUCUAAAUCCUGUCUUCUUGGGCCAUUACAAAUCCAUGCAUGCCCCUCAUCAAUGAAUGGAUAUAUGUAAGCUCCACACAGUAUAAAAUACUCCUGGCCAGCUUGGAAGGGAAAGGCAGAGAAAGCUGUUUUGACGACUUGAGAAGAGGGGGAAAGGUUUUAGGGAAAGCUUGCAAGCUUCCAAAGAUUUCCGAUCUGUUAGUGCUCAUUCAGACAUGGGAUUAGGCAGGGGGGAGAGCCUUCUAGCAAGGAGGAGACAAGGCCACGUAAGGAGGCCCAGGAGAGCACCGUGGAAGAGUUGGUGAGACGUAAGCCAGGCCUCUGGGCAUUUGUUAAUGUCUCUGCUGAGCAAAAGUGGAGGAGGAGGUUUGGAGGCAGAGCUGUAGUUGAAGCAGAUUCUGGAAAACAGCCCUGAAACUGGCUUAGUCUCACUGAGUCAUCUGGGCCAGCCUCCUGCCUCCAAGUACAUCCUGCCUGUAGCAUGUCUGGCCCACUGCUUUCUCAGCUCGAGAGGGAUGGAGACUCUACAACCUGCUCAUCUUCUGUUCCAGGGCCAUUCCCCAUUUGCACUGAUAAGUUCUUGUUUUCAAAGAAUGGAGGCCAGAGGGGGGUGCUCAAGAAAUAGGGUGGUAGAGGGAGGCAGCAGAACACAUCAAGUGAAGAGGAAUUGUGGUGGUAAGGAGAGAGCCCCCACAUUUCCCCUUGGCGCUCACAAGCCCACGGGAGCCCUAGAAGGCGGGCCAGCCACCUGGGACCCCCACCCUCACAGAUGCCCUGUCUGGCACAGCGGGGUAUCCCGUUCAGCUCUGAGAAAGCAGUGGGCACGUAGACAUCCACAGCCUCCCAAGAGGAACCCUGUUUUAUUCAAAAGGCUGUAACUUUAACAGUCAGUCCCCCCUCCCUUCCAUCCCCCAAGGAAUGUGCUGCAAGUGAAGGCAAUGCCUUCAAUACCUGUUGUGUUUCCUUCGCUCUACCAGAAUAGUUACUUCUCAUGCCAAUUUUGGGAUGCAAAGAGAUCCUAAGUAGUCCAAGUAGACUUAGAUCCAAGUAAAGUUCCCAUCUCUUGCUCCAUUCAGACUUCUCCGGCCACCUCCACCCUCUCAGUCACACUCCUAGAAGCCAGCCAGAAAGCCUGUCCUACAGAAAUCACUCUCCCAAAGCCCAAGCUCUUUGUUCUACUGUUCCUAAGCCACCAUGAUUUGGUCUAAUUUUAUACUGUGCGUAGUUGUCCGGCCUACAUGGCUGUGCUGUACCUGACAGAGGAGGAAGGCAAGCAGAGGCCGGGCAGGGUGGUGGGUCUGAUGGCUGCAGAAACAGAACCAAGGCAGCCCCCUCGGCCCCCCGGAGCAGGAGCCUGCAAUGGUCCGUGGCCACCACCGUCCAAACCGGAGGACCUAGUGUGCCAAACAGGCCCCUCCACUCCCAUUCCUCGGGUUUCCUUAGGUCACCCUGCCUUGGGCCUUGAGCCUCCUCUGGGCUUGAGUCUCAUUCCUGUUCGUGCCCUCCAAUUCCCUCCUGUUCGUCCCAGGCUGCAGUGAAGCCCCUGCUUCCUUUCAGUCUAUGGGAAAACAAAGUCCUUUCCUGCCAGGAUCCAGGUCCACCCUGGGAAUAGUUUUUGGCUGAAACUGCCACAGUUAAACACAAGAAGUUCUGGUUGCCAGAGCGAAAUAGUGUUCCAGCAGGAUGCAGCCCACUCCCCGCUUCUGGGGCUCUAAGGAGGAGAAUGGGUCAGAGGAGGACCGAGGAGAGACCUGGUGAUCCCUUGAGAUUCCUCCCAGCUCCAGAACCUGAUUUUUUUAAAUGGCAACACCAAGAUCUAGGGAACACAAAGGUGCAGUCUCCUUGACAGCAGGUGCCCCGCCUCCUAGGACACCCCCUGGGCCUGGGCAAACUUCCUCUUCCCAGCACAAGACAUGGCAUAAAUAUGAACAGGUGCAGGGUGGGGGUGGGGGAGUAGCUUAAAAUCUGCCCACCCUGAGACUUAGUGCUGGGGGUGUGGUGUGCAUAUCCACUGGCCUGGCUCCGUGACCCGGUGGGUCUAUGCGACUGUCAAAGCAUGAGUGCGUGUGAUAAAUGCCCCUCUGACACUCGUCACGAUUUAGGAAGCGUUCUGUGCAUUUUUAAACAAUUCUUACCAUGUAAAGAUUGUAUUACAUUUUAAUAAAAGAAAUUUUUUUGCAUUUUACUUUUUUAAUAUUUGGGAUUUUAUAGACUUUUAUUUUAUGGCCAAGUUAUACUUUUGUAAGGAAAUGUUGAAGUCUUGAGUAUUUUUAUUUUAAAACUAUAGUUCAUGUCAACUGUAAGCACUGAUAAAUAGCAUUCAUAUGCAAUUUUCCCUCCUUUUCAUCGGGUCUUUUUAAGAAACUAUGUUUUGGUGAAGCAUUUGAUUUAAAACUCUGCUUCAUUUUACACGUUGUGAAUACUGAAGAUUCUGAAAAAUAAAGAUGCAUUAAAAACCUCUGUGCUGUUA